UCUGCCCAGGUCAUAUGAGGUCGAGAGGUCGCUGGACAUGACGUUCACAAGACGGCCCCGCGAGAGGUCACUCCUGCCUUGUAACGUGUGUGGCAAGAUCUUUGACCGACCCAGCCUUCUGAAGCGGCACAUGCGCACCCAUACAGGGGAGAAGCCACACGCGUGUGAGGUGUGUGGGAAGGGGUUCUCCACCAGUUCCUCCCUCAACACCCACCGCAGGAUACACAGCGGAGAGAAGCCCCACCAGUGUGCCGUGUGUGGCAAGAGAUUCACAGCCUCGUCCAACCUCUACUACCACAAGAUGACCCACGUCAAGGACAAACCUCAUAAGUGUGGUACGUGUGGCCGCUCCUUCCCGACACCUGGAGACCUGAGGUGCCACAGUUUUGUCCACACGGGUCAGUGGCCACACCGCUGCCCUGCCUGUGGUAAGGGCUUCAGCAAGUUGACCAAUCUCCGUAACCACUUGCUACUGCAUUCAGGUGAGUCAGUCGAUGAGUUGUAUUCUAGUGAGUCAGUCAAACACCUCCUCUUACUGUUUUCUAGAGUCAGUCAAUCACCUACUGCUGUAUUGUAG